CAUCACAACUGUUUAUGGGUGAUGGAAGAAUGCUUGUUACCUACUUCUCCUCUUUAAAGCCUUUUAUAAGUUCCCACUCCCACUCUACUUCCUCACCUCUCUCUUCCCCAUUCAAACCGAGAGAGAGAGAGAGAGAGAGAGAGUUAGAGAGAGAAAGCAACCAGCUAUACAUACACAUCUCUGUAUCUAUCCAUGUUGUUAUAAACAGUUUGAGCUUUUGUAGAAUAUAGGCAGAGUGGGUACCAACUACUGAAGGCUUAAUCAAUCUGUGAUCGAUCUGUUUUGGUUUGUUGAACAAUCAAUGAGUAUGGAGAAGCAUAAAUGUAAGCUCUGUUCAAGGAAAUUCUCAAGUGGUAAAGCUAUGGGUGGUCACAUGAGGUCUCAUUUGAGGGCUCUGCCACUUCCACCGAAAACUCCGCCGCAGAAACAAGAUUCCGGCGGCCGUAGCGAGUCAACUCUGUCGCUCUAUUCGUUAAAAGAAGAAGAAGAAGAAGAAGGGGAGGAAAUCCAGGAAGAGAAACAUUUGGGUUAUGGGUUAAGAGAGAAUCCGAAGAAGAGUUCAAGGAUUGUAGAUCCUGAAUUUUUGGAUGCUGGGUCAGUUGUACAUGACAAGGAUCAAAGUGAAACUGAGUCAACAAAGAAGCCAACUCGGAGGAGAUCUAAGAGAACCCGAAGAAUUUUCGUGUCAGAAGAAGUUGUUGAUGAUCAUCAAGAGGUGAAAAAUGAGAAAUCAGCUGAAUUUGAACCUGUAAGUUCGUUUUCCGAUACUUCCCCUGAAGAAGACAUUGCUGUUUGUCUAAUGAUGCUUUCUAAAGAUGUCUGGAGAAAUUCGAAAUUUAGGGAUCAAAAUUCUAAAGGGAAGUACCAAUGUGAGAUUUGUAACAAAGUGUUGAAAUCAUCUCAAGCUUUAGGAAGUCACAAAACGAUUCACAAGAAGAACAACAAUGAAGAUCAAAAUAAAGGGAAGUCAAGGGUAUUGAGAGUGAAGAAUGUGGAUCAUGAAUGCCCAUUUUGUGGGAAAAUAUUUGGUUCAGGACAAGCACUUGGUGGACAUAAAAGAUCACACAUAUUGACUUCAUCAAUCACUGCUUCUUCUUCAUCAAAAGUUGGUGAUAGCUUAAUGGAUUCAACUUCUGCUAAAUUCCCAUAUGGGUUUAUAGAUCUCAACAUGCCAGCUCCAAUGGAAGAUGAAGAUUUUAGCCAUUAGAAACCAGAGCCAUUGUAGAAGAAUAUGGGAGGUCAAAGUUGUCACUCUCAUUUUCUUUUCUUGUUUUGUUUUUACUUUCUAUUAGUAUUAAUUCUGUUCAAAAUGGGUUCUGCUUGUUAUAGAAAAAAAUUGAAUUUUGAUCCAA